AUGAAAAUAGACGGCACCCCUCUAAUGAGCAGGAAAAGAAGAGAACCGGGUACUUCAAAUGCGAUGGCCCACAUAUGGCACGGGACUGCCCCUACCAGGAAAAGAUCAACGCUAUCGUUGCAGGGGAAACUGGGAGACCUUGGGGAUGCCGCACGAGCGGCUCCGGGAGCUGUCGGGAGAGUCCGUGACAAGUGGUAUCAGAGUUAUCGUGCGAGAGAGCUGUGUGCCUCCGCUGGGAAAAGCUCGAGUGCAUCACCUGGAGGAUGGGUACGCAUGACUUGGGAAAUGGGUACGUGCGGAGCGCAGAGGCGCCGUGCCGAGGAAAAUGAGCUGAACGUGCAUUGUCGUCAGAGGAGUGGUGACCCGCCUGGAGGAGAGGUGGAUGCUUGGCGCAGAGGCGCUAGAGGGCACAGUUGA